CUAUUUGAGGAGUCACGCACGUUCAAUUGCUGUUUUUUCCUCUGUAAUUGCUCACAUAAAGCUCAUCAGCUAAUAGCUCAUCAGUAGUUGCCCURAUUCAUUCUCUAUAUAUAUUACUGGAAAAACGCUAUCUGGUUUUAAAGUAAGUAUGUUCCUGUCAAGAAUCAUCAUGAUCAACAAGAGCUCGUUUAUCGUCAUACUGGUAUUAAYGAUGAUCUUCGUUCUUUAUAUCAUAUCUACACGUCUUCAGCUGAGUCUUGACAUGACCAUGCAAAAAAGUAUACCAAUUAAUGCCCAAGCUGAAUUACACAAGUAUCUYUCAAGGGARCUYCAUCAAAUUCAUGGCCAGAUUGUCGAACUGGCACUCACAAAGAAUCCUAAACUUGUCUUGAAGUAUGAAGAGAUUUUGMAAAGAAUAGACAAUGCUAAUACGCAAUCACAAAAACYAAGGAUUCAAUCAGAUCAGAAAACUAAUCAUCUCAAAAGCAGGGACGUUUGCCCAGAAGUUUUUGAAGGAACACAGGCAGGCUAUCCUUAUUAUGAAAAAGGUUGGACUAUUACGAAUUGURCGAACGCUAAACCAAUUCAAGCAGUUAUAACCAUCCUUAUCAAUUCAGUAACKUAUUCCACAAAGGAGUUUAACCGCCUAAGCUACGUAUUAGAUGGCAUAAAGAAAUCCUAUCCWACUGUUGCUGUUUUGGUAGCCAUUCAAGACAAACAAGUUGUUGAGAAUGGAGAGAAGUACACAAAUGUCAAGGUAUUUAAGAGCAGCUUAUCAUCAAGCAAAACUUGGAACAUGCUURUCAAAAAGGCAUCAACACMGUAUGUUUUGAUCGCUCGUGAUGUUGUUCACUUUUCCUGGCUGUCUCAACUUGAAAGACAAAUUCGUGUUGUGAGUGAGAUAACCAAUGUUGGUGUAGCAGGAGGGUCUUACAGGAACUUAUCUGGACACUGGACAAUGGGAUGCUUUCAAAGCAAUAUGAAGAACUAUGUGCUGGAAUACCAGGAAGGAUACUUCUAUUCCAGGAAUGARUGCAUGAUAUGUGACUAUUUACAAGGUCCUUUUGUAGCAAGAAAGUCUAUCUUAAAUUUUGAUGAGAAGAUAAAUGAUGAAGUUUUGUUUGAAGACUUGUUUCUCUCUCUAGUUCAAAAAGGAACUUUGAUAAUGGGCUGCCCAGAUGCUAUGUACUUUACAAGAGAAAUCGCACCAAAGCCAAGUAAAGUUUGGAAAGCGUUGGCGAAAAAAUGGGUACUAAAUCGCAUAAAACUUUCUAAUGGGGGAAAACAUUYAUUCUCGUGUAAAGAUAUCGAUUUUAAAUGCUCCAAUGAUGUAACUCGCUCCUACUUGCUACCAGUAUGCUGUCAAGAGCUGUAUGAACAAACGUUGGGCGUCCUGCAGGACUUUGCGAAUCAAAACAACUUUUCUUUUGAGCUUGACACUGGCUCUACUUUAGGAACGGUCAAGUUCAACGGUUUAAUGCCGUGGGAUGCGGAUGGCGACAUACGCGUCCUCACGAAACAAAUAAAUAUUUUUACCAAGAAAGAAACCAUUGAAUACUUUAAGAAACGUGGCAUUCUUCUUCUAAAGUAUGAAAAGCCGACAUACAACACUGAAAACUACGAUGGCUAUGUAAAGAUUCAACCGACAGGAUACGACAUUGAUGUUUGGGGAAGAAAACUUUUAACUUGUCCACAAUUUUUACCGGAGGAUUUACAAGACUCUUACACACUCGCACAAGUUCGAGGCACGUGGGUGAAGACCGUGUUCAGUCCAGGACUGUUUGUGAGAAAUAGGUAUGGAGUAGACGUUUUGAAGCAUUCACAGUCAUGGGGCUGGGCUGGAGGAAUGGAGCAUAGCUAUAGUGAUUAUAAACCUGGUAAAUUUACAAAAUGUGCAGACCCGAAGCAUCAUUCUUGCCUAGACCACUUUCCUGGAGAUGGAAAUAUUCCUUUCUUGGUUCCAUAAUGGUCAAUUUGGAUGGAUUGACGGUGUAAACCGUCGAAAUACUCAUUCGCGUAAAGUACUGAUGUUUAAUUCAUCUGUGAUUUAACAGAUUCAAAACUCUGUCGACGCAAGUUAUUUGUAAAAUAAGGGAGCGGAUUAUAUUUAACAAAUAAAUAAGGCUCAGCCGUGAUUUAUACUCUGAUAAAC